UGCGCGUGCGCGAGCGAGCGUGGCGGACGCGCGCACGUCUGUCCCCGUGUGUGUAUAUUUGGGCUCGGCUCGGCUGCUGUCGGUCGGUCGUGUUUCCCCGGUGCAGCGGGAGCGGGUCGGCGGUGCGUCGCAGCAGUGUGUGUGUGUGUGUGUGAGAGAGAGAGAGAGAUGGUGAUGGAGAAGCCGAGCCCCCUGCUCGUAGGACGUGAGUUUGUGCGGCAGUACUACACGCUCCUGAAUAAAGCGCCGGAUUACCUGCACAGGUUUUACGGCAGGAGCUCCUCGUAUGUUCACGGCGGUGUGGACGGCACUGGGAAGCCGGAGGAGGCCGUCUACGGUCAGGCGGAGAUCCACAAGAAGGUGAUGUCUCUGCAGUUCAGUGAGUGUCACACUAAGAUCAGGCAGGUGGAUGCCCAUGCGACGCUGGGGGGCGGGGGGGUGGUGCAGGUGAGGGGUGAGCUUGGACGUGAACGUCUGGGAGAAAAUCUGAUGCGUGUCGAUAUAUAUUGUGUUAAAGGUUCUGCUGUCAAUAAGUUCUAUGUGCACAAUGACAUCUUCCGCUAUGAAGAAGAGGUGUUUGGAGACUCUGAGGCUGAGCUGGGAGGUAAAACUACAGAUCGAACUCACACUCUCUCACACUGUGGUCGUCUGCAGGCGUUCUCCUGGGCUCUGGUGACCAGUAAGAAUCUUCCUCCGGCUCACUUGGUGAAAGCUGCCGGCGUUCAGGCUCGAGUGGAGCUCAAACAGGAUGGUCAGCCGUCAUUACCCAGAGAUCAGCGGCGCGAGAGACCUGGCUUCCCUCUACGAGGACCACGAGCAGGUGACGCACACUCA